AAUGAAAUUUGAAGACAGAAUAAUCAAAUUUCACGUUUUUGCAAUGGUUACUAAAAAUCCUUGGAGCAAUUUAAGCAGUUGGGUAUUUUUCUUGAUAUGCAGCUUCUCUUACAUGUUAAGCCCUGAGCUUGUCAAUGGAAGAAACGUUUCAGAUUUGAUUAAACAUAAGAAGGAACACAUAAUAGAGGUUGAGGAUGGUGAUAUAAUUGAAUGUGUUGAUAUCUACAAACAACCUGCUUUUACUCAUCCGCUUCUCAAAUAUCAUAAAAUACAGAUGAGACCCAGUUCAAAUCCUAGUGGAAUCAUAAGAAGAAACAAUACUAUCCCCUUUCAACAUUGGAAUAUGAAAGGAAAGUGCCCUAAAGGAACAAUUCCAAUUGUAAGAACACAAGCAUUUAACCAUAAGAAAGCUAGUCCAAUUCUUCCAAACACAAGCCUAGCCUUUACAUCUUCUCAUGAGUACGCCCAAGUUUCUGCCCGAGGUGGGGAAUACUUUGGAGCACAUGCAACAUUUGGUCUGUGGAAUCCAAGAACUAAUGCUGGAGAAUUUAGUAUAGCUCAAGUUUGGCUUGUAGCAGGCCCAGAAGACGAUAUGAACACCAUUGAGGCUGGCUGGCAGGCUAAGGAUGGUGAAAAAGAAUCAAGGCUUUUUACAUAUUGGACGAGAGACAAUUAUCAGCAUACAGGUUGCUAUAAUCUUGAAUGCCCUGGUUUUGUGCAAACCAGCCAUAGAUUUGGUGUUGGUUCUGCGAUGAAACCAGUCUCCGUCUAUGGUGACAAGGGCAAGCAAUAUGAAAUAGACAUAGAUAUACACAAGGACACGAAAAGUGGCAACUGGUGGUUGCAAGUGCAAGGUGAAAAUAUGGGAUAUUGGCCUUCCACGAUAUUUACAAGUCUAGCUAAAAGUUCAACAUUGAUAAACUGGGGAGGAGAGAUUGUAAAUUUAAGAUCAAAUGGCCACCAUACAAAUACUCAGAUGGGAAGUGGGCAUUUUCCUAAUGAAGGUUUCAGUAAAGCUUGUCGAAUUCGAAAUCUUAGAUAUGUAGAUGGUUUAGGUGUAUCGAGAGAUGCUGACGAGCUUAUAACUUACGUAACAAAUCCUUCUUGCUAUGAUCUGCAUAUUGAGAGCAAAAGGAAUGAUUUUGGAGUUAACUUGUAUUUUGGAGGUCCUGGAAAUUCACCACAAUGUCCGUAGAACAAUAGCUGUAGCAAUUGUUGUAAAAUUGCAAGGAAAAUAAUAAGGGAAAAUGCUAUAUUUUCCCAUUUGGAAAGCGGGUGGAAAAUAAGAAUCUGUUUUCAUUUUUGAAUACUUAUUUUCAGAUUGUAUGGAAAAUUAAAUAAAUUUCCGCGAUUUUAUUUUGUGUU